AUGGCUUCCCCGGAAGAAGCAGUUCUCUACAGGCAGCAGGGCCGCGUCGCCAUCAUCACCCUCAAUCAGCCCAAGAAACUCAAUGCCAUGUCACAGCCCUACUACUACCGUAUUUCCUGCCUGCUCCGGGACAUCGCCGAGAACCCCGAUAUCAGCGUGACUGUGCUCACAGGCACAGGCCGAUUCUUUUCGGCUGGUGCAAAUGUCAAUUCCACCAGACCUGGUGUAGGACCGGGCUUGGACAAAGACGCCGCACGUAAUGAUAUCUUGAAGGGGUUUGUGAGCAACAACUUGGACAUUACACGCUCCUUCUAUACCCACCCGAAGAUCCUAGUCGCUGCCUUGAACGGGCCGACAGUGGGGCUGUCCGCUGCCUUGUUGGGCUUCUGCGACUUUAUUUAUGCCGCUCCGCACACAUUCCUGUUGACGCCUUUUUCCUCGCUCGGACUGGUUGCAGAGGGCGGCGCGAGCGCUGGACUCGUGCAGCGCAUGGGUUUGGCAAAGGCCAACGAAGCGCUCAUCAUGUCCCGCAAGAUCCCAUGUGACGAGCUCGUGGCAUGUGGCUUCGUGAACAAGGUCUUCUCUGGAAAAGACCAGAACGACUCCGAAGGUUUCCUGAAACAGGUGUUGGCGGAAAUUGAUGAUAAAUUGGGCGACCACCUCAACCAAGAGUCCAUUCUGAAGAUCAAGGGGUUGAUCCGGCGGCCCUACUUGGAAGGUCUUGAGGCUCAAGGAGUUAGGGAGGUUAUGGAGGGCAUGCUGAGGUUUGUCAAGGGAGCUCCGCAGGAAGAAUUCAAGAAGAUUGCGAGUGGACAGAAGAGACAUAAAUUGUAA